GGUGAGAGCGCACUCGGCGGUCGGUGCUCAGUGUGCUGCCCGGGAGCGAGCGAGGUCGGAGGUCAGGCACAGCGGCGGCGACACGCGAGACGAUGCCAGCUGCUCGCAGCCACUGACCAAAAGACAUGAACUCGCCCAAGAUCACCGACAAGAUCUGCCGCAGCCUGAGCAGGAAGCACCACCAGAGCAGCACCACGUCCAUCAGCAGGAAGGGCGCCGGCAGCGAUGGCGACAUCUCCUCGUCGCAGGGCUCCAUUCUGGAGAGGGUGAAAAAUGACAGGGUCAACCCGUCGAGGUCGGAGGAGGAGCGCCACCACCGCAGGACCAUCAUUGUCGAGAGGAAGAAUGGCACUUUCGGCUUCACGCUGCAGAGCUACGGCAUCCACUACAAGAGGGAACAAGAGGUCGAGGUGAUAACUUACGUUGACUUCGUCGACUACGAUGGACCUGCCUUUCGCGCUGGAAUGAGAGAAGGGGAUGUGAUUUUAUCCAUCAACGGCGUCGAUAUGGAGAAAGCGGACCACAAAACACUCGUCUCGUUCAUCAAAAGCUGUGAUUUGCGCAUGCGAAUGGUUGUGCAAUUUGAAGACUGCGUACGAAAGGUUGAGCUGCACAUGCGGUACAUCACCCUGCAGAGGUUGCUGACCGAGCGGACGGCUGAGUUGGAGCGGUUGACUCUGAAGGAGCGCGAGCUGAUGGCCGGCAAGUGGAAGAGCCACAGUCUGCCGGCGAGGAAGAAAGCUUCAGCGGCCACGCACGUGGGGGCGGCCACCACCCUGCUGCACGCAGACCCCUGGCCCACGCAAAGCUCCGAUGACCUAUCUAGAGCAGCUCAGUAUCAAUAUGCAAUGGAUGGCGGCUGUCGAUAUCUCUUACCAGCUCGGGCCAAAUAUGUGCCUCCGGCCAGCUGCAGCGGUAGCGUCGAGUACCUCGACUGGCCCAGCUCGAACUCGAUGACCAGCGUCGUGGUGACGGAACCUGCUGGCAGGGUGCAAGCCACCACAGCCUACGAAGUGUAUUAUCGUCAGCCGGGAGGGUUCUACUUGGUCCCUGCGCCGCACCAGGCUCACCUUCCAGAGCCCAUUUACUACCAACUGCAGCCCCCGUCUCAGCUAAGUGGCUCGGCAAGUAGUUCGCAAGAGGUGUUGGAUGGCGCCGAAAGGAGGAACUCGAACAACGAGGCGCAGGAUGACGGAGGCUCAAACAGUUCCAAGAACAACUCGUGCAACCCUUGUGUGAAGCACAGUAAAGACUGCUCGACCGACACGUAUGACCUAACCAGCCCCUGUUGCGACCCGCGCUGCGUCUCCUACAGUGGCAGCUCAAAGAGGAAGUCCAAGAAGAACAAGAAGGACGAAAAUGGCCAACAGCAUGGGAAGCCGCCCAAGCCGCCUAAAUCCAAAGACUCAAAAGGCUGGAGAGAAAAACUGUACAAAGUGCCUCUGGUGGGCCACGCUGUGCUGUCGGUGACCCAGUUCAAUCCAGUGCCAAAGAAGCCGCUGCCGACCUCGGUGAGCAUGCCGUCCCAGCCGGUGCCCGGGCAGCCACUGUCGGAGGCGUGCACCGCGCGCAAGUACAGCGUGGCGCCGGCCAGCCACUGCAGCCUGCACUCGUGCGCGUCCAGCGAGCUGAGCAGCGCCGACGACACUACCAUCACCUCAUACGCCACCUCGGUCAGCACGGACACGCUCUACUGGGACCAACAGCUGGCCAACGCCUCGCUCAAGAAGCCGCACAAGUCGCCGAACCAGCGCGGCCCGCACCACGAGCAUCCCAGCACCCCGCCCGCGGGCGGCCCCUACAAGCCCAAGUCGUGGGACAACCUAACCACCAAGGCCUUCGGUGGCUACGGAUUCGGCUAUGGCUACUCGGACGUCGCCAGUCAGCAGCAGGCUGCCAGGAACAAGGCAGCUCAGAAGGCUGCGUACAAGAGCGCCCUUCAGCAGCAGUACGAGCAGCAGCAGUACAACAUGCUGCAGCGGCUGCAGGGCACGGCCUACAUGGUGCAGCAACGGCCAUCGACGCCUUCGCAGGCUCCUGGGGCAAAGUCGACGGAGAGCCUGAUUUCAGUCACCUCUGGAGGUGGCACUUUCGAGUCGAGCCUGAGCUGCGAGUGUCUGGAGGCGGCGGCCGUCGGCUCGCCGGUGCAGGAGCACUCGCACUUCAUCAGCAACGCGGCCCAGAGGAAGUCGAUAGACAGCAUCUUUUACAACUCGCAGCCGGUGGUGGGCGGCACGCCGCCGGUGCUCAGCCGCAAUAGCAGCGUCGAAAGAACCAACGAAGCUAGGACGUCGUUGCUGGUGGAAAAAUCAGAAGUCACGCGUUUAUGAAGACAAGCCGGCUAGCCAGCAAUUUUUAACCAAAGCUUUUUCUUUGAUCUCCAAAUAGUUAAUUUAGGAGUGUUUUAUUCCCCAAAAAAGAAAAUAUUAUGCUCCAACGAUGAAGUAAUUAUGAUUGUCAGAGCAAGAAAACUAAUUACGUGUGAAUGAUAAUGCGAACUGAUCAAAAUAAUGCAAGCCAAUUGGGUGUAAAUGAUGAAACAACUCAAGAACAUCUCUUUAUUUAAAACAAUUUUAUUAUUUUCAUCUACUCAGCGCAGAAAUAUGUACUCAAGAGUUUUAAUGCGUGUCCAUACACAUCAACAGUUCAAUAUUUUAUUUUAAAAAUGGUUGCUGAGAUUGAUUGCUCAUGUCAGGUGGUAGAAAAGUUACCGCAACAGUUUUCAUAAGGUAAGAUUUUGUAACUUGAGUAAUCCUUUUUUAAAUUUUUAUAAUAUAUUGUAAACUUUUGUAUUUCUACACAUUACAAGAGAAUAAAAAAGCACGCGUAGUUAAAAUUUUAAUCACAUAAUUUAAAAAAAAGUUAACUUAUUAUCUCAAUUUUUCCUUUUCCAUCUUAACACUCUCUAGAUAAAAAUUAAUUGAUAAAAUCAGGUAAAAAUUUUCAACUUAAAACGCGAAAGAAAGUUGAUCAAAAUUGUCGAUUGGAAUGUCGUAAUGUGAUGUUGACCAAAAAACUGAAAAUGUUGAUAAAAUGAUAUAAAAAAUUUCAUAUCAAAGGAAGAUACCGAAGAUAGAAAUUAUUAAAUUUAAAUUGAAUCGAAACAUGAUGAAUAAUAUAAUGGUAAACUAAUUAAAAUGAUGUCUGUGAUGUUUUAUAGUUAUGUCAUGUCAAUCCCGUCAAAAAAUAUAAAGCGCAUUUUGUGAAUUGUUACUUGAGUGCAGUUUAGUAGAAUAGUUUUCAUUUCAAUGAUCAUAAUUGCCAAAUCUUUAAAAUGAUGAGUAACAAAUAAAAUAUUGAAAAGUUCGCUAACAAAACAUUAUAAAUUAGCAGUAAUUAUUAUUUAAAAUUCGCAAGCAACAAUCUCGUUCGAUGUCAAUCAUUGUCUGUUAUGGUUAUUGGCGCGCUUUGUUCUGCUUUGCAUAUAUGAUACCAGGAUAUUUUUAGAAUAUUGAGUGUGUCAAUUUAAUUUCAUUUUUUUUUUUUAUUAAAAUGGAGUGGAUUAUCCUUGUCUUUCCAGUCCUCGUCAAAGCUAUGAGUUAUAAUUGGAAUCAUCAACAAUUUAUUGUUUGCGAUUGUUCCAUAAAAACUGUUGUAGGACUCAGCAGUGGAAUUAAAAAUUGAACUGAAAAUUAA